AUGCAGUCAAACGAAGAAUUCGUCAAAUUUCUUGGAAAAGGCGCUUACGGUUAUGUUAAUCUCGUCCGCUACAGUAAUCCAGAAGAUGGCUCUUCACCCAACAUCUCCGCACUCAAGAACUCUUACCACGAAGACUACGACAGUCUCCAAACAGAGUUAUGUGUUCUUCUCAAACUUAGGGGAUGUCCCAGGAUCGUUACAUGUUUCGGUGACUCUCUUCAACAAAGGUCUCAGCAAUCAGGUAACAAAGUCCACAGUCUGCGACUCGAGUACGCUUCCGAAGGUAGUUUAAACGCUUUCAUGGCGUUGCCGGAGCCGUUGAUUAAAGAUUUCACGCGGAUGAUCCUCGAAGGUUUGGUCUCGAUUCACAACCAUGGCUAUGUUCACUGCGACAUCAAACCAGACAACUUACUCCUGUUCCCUUCUUCGAUAUCAUCGUACGAGCUCAAGAUUUCUGAUUUUGGCAAAACGUUAGAGGUGGGAGAGGUUCCUAAAUUCUGGGAAAGUGAGUUCCCAUGUUACUGGAGAUGGGAAGGUUUGGUACUGGAGAUGUACACCGGCGUGAUUCCUUGGGAAGGAGUUAAUCUCGAUCUUCUAGCGACUCGUCUCCGUCGUGGCAAAGCUCCCGAGAUCCCAGAGAGUUUACCUUCCGUUGCAAAGGCUUUCAUCGAAACUAUUUCUCAAGGAAUCCUGAGAAGAGAGGAAGCGCUUAUAAAUUGCUGUCUCAUCCGUUCUUGCCUUGUCCACAAGUUGAAGAAGAAGACAAGUAACUCGUUUCUGUUGAAGUUGUUUUAA